CAGGCGCCAUGUUUAUUUCUUUUCCGUCACUUCUUUGCCGCGAAUAAGUGUUGUGCAGUGAUAACAUAGAACACGGCGGCAGCGGCAUAGUUAUACUGAAAAUGGGCAAAAAAGUAAGAGAAUACAAGUCAGGAGACUUUAUAUUUGCUAAAGUUAAAGGAUAUCCAGCAUGGCCAGCUCGGGUACAAAGAUUGAAUGGAAAGAAAUAUUUUGUAUAUUUCUAUGGCACUGGUGAAAUUGCAAAUCUUCCACCAAACAUGAUAUUCGAUUAUGCAGAAAACAAGGACAAAUUCUUAACUAAAACUGUUAAAAGGAGGGAUUUCAAUGACGGUGUGAAGCAGAUAGAACAUGAUUUUGCUAAUAAUGUACCUUUAGAACAAGUUGUUGGAUUAUCUAUUGGGGAAUCUCCAAAUCCAAAUGUUACAGCAAAUGACACAACAACCAAUGACACUCUAGACGAAACCAAUGCUGAUACAACAGCAGCUGAUGAAACUGUAGCUGAUGAGACAUCUAACACACUAAAUAAUGAUACUGCCAUAGAAGAUUCAGAUGAUACUGGGGCCCUUGUGAUCGAUGAAGGAAAACCAAAAGGCAGAAAAUCCAAAGCAGAAUCCGUGAAAACCCCUGCCAAACCAGUCAAAGAGCCAAAGACACCUCGAGGUAAGGCCAAGAGGGAUGAAUCAAGAGAAGAUGAUCAGGAUGAAAAGAAAGAGGAAGAGCUGGUCAGCAGGAGCGGCAGGAAGAUACGUCCAAAAAGAUACAUAGAUGAGCAGACUGAAGAUAACGCAACGCUACCGUCUCCCGCUCCGAAGAAACGUCGCGGCGCUUCACCGCCCUUAGAAAAAGAAAAAGACAAAACCGAAAAAGAUAAAAACAUUAAGCAUUUCAAUGCCGUGCCGCAAUCCGAGUUGGAGGAUUUGAAAGAACCUUUCAAACCAGACGAUCCAGAGAAAGACAACAUUCUUAUCGCCUACCUGCCCAGCGGUCAAUAUGUCGGUAUAAAACUAUUCCAAUCUCGACCAGUCAACUUCAAGAACGAGUCUAGUAAAUUACAGUGGGACAAGCAGGCGGCCACUAAUGCUGUUACACUUAAAUUGCAAUUAGAGAGAGGGCAGAUAACAUCUCAAUCAGUGUUAGCGCAACUAGUUAUGGAUCUGAAUCUUACUGAUGAAGAAAAGGCGACUUUAGAUAAGGAACGUGAGACAGAAGAGAAAAAAUCCCGCGUGCAAUUCCUGAAGACAGAAAUGAAGUUGAUCGAAUUAGAUGCCAAGAUUAAAACUUGCUUAUGCUUAGAGAAGGCCGACACUGAACUGUGUCUUAAAUUGCUCGACGAAUUUAUGGAAUUAGAAGUGAAACCCCUAAUGCUGCUGAAACACCCGACGUGCUUAGAAACCGUUAAACGCAUGCGCGCCUACGUCGGAAACACUCCAUCGUGGGAUCUAAGUGAGAAAGAUGCUUUGGAAUUCAGUAAACAGGCUCAUCUCAUCAGGAAACAGGCCGAUACACUCUACAAGACAAUGAAGGACCUAUUCACCGUUCCAGACGGUCUAUCAUUCUGGGAGUUCUUCUCGGCUAGAGUCGUACACUUUAAAAAGAUAACGGCAAAGUUAACAUCGGAUGAGCUCCUAGAAAUGGUGCACGAACCACUUGAAUUGUCAACACCUUCACCGCAGUCAAUGCAGUCCGCUAUCGAAGCUGCAAAUGAUGAGGACACAUCUGUCACUGAAGCUAUCGAAGAAAACAACGUUGAAAAGAAGAAAACUACGCCCACCAAACCGAAAAAGAACAAAGAAUCAAACAAUGCUACACCAAAGACUUUGGGCAAACGACAAUCGUCUAGGAAUAAACAUGAAGAUAAAGAGAAGGAGACAGAAAAAGAGAAAGAGAAAGAAAUAGAGAAGGAGAAAGAAAAGGAAAACGACAAAGAAAAUGAAAAAGAGCCACCGAAAGAAGCAGAACAGGAAUCUGAACCUCAAGUAGAAAGUAACAAAGAAGUCGAGAGCAGUGAUAAAGACAGUGAGAAUGUAGAGCCAACUGUAGAUAGUGAAGAUAAAGAAGAUGAUCGAAUGAAAGUUGACGAACAAAACGAGAAGAGUGAACAGGUUAAUGAUAAAGUUUCAGAUAGUGAUAAGAAUUCAAAAGAAGUUAAGGAAGAUAAAGAACAAAAAGACGAUAAAGAGAAAGAAAAGGGGAAGGAGACGACAAAAGAUCAGAAGACGAAAGAAGACUCCGGCGAACCGAGAGCGAAGCGAUCAAGAGAGGUUAGAUAAAAUGUUUAUGUGAGUGCUAGAGUAGUGAAGAUAGCGCGAGCUUAGUAAGAAGACUGAGGCUCCAUCACCAAGGUCACCGGCGAAACGAAAGCCGAAAUCUUAAAAUUAUCGAUAAUACAAACACACAUAUAUUAUUUUUAUACAAAUAAAAAACAUUCACGUUACGUGAUAAUUUAGUUGGAUAUAAUUAUUAAAAAAAAAAAUGUUAUUAAGUACCGUGAAGAGUAAUCUGAACGCUAAAGUUGAAGCCACAUGUCGGCUGUUCGGUGGUCGGACUACCGUUUUCAUAUACAAUGCAUGCACUUUAACUAAUCGACUUCAGAAGCAGAUGACUUAUUGUUGUCCUAGAUGAGUGAGCGCAGGCGAUGGGCUGCGAUGCUAUUCAAAGCGAUUUACUAACACGUGACGUCUGACGAUAUGUCGUUGGUAAUGGGAAUGUAAACACCUCAUUGGACCUUCAUCGCAAAAUUUACUGGUGGUAGGACCUCUUGUGAGUCAACACGGGUAGGUACCACCGCCCCGCCUAUUUCUCCCGUGAAGCAGUAAUGCGUUUC